AUGGACAUCAGUAAUCGAAAGUAUGAGCCUAUCCAGGUCGAGAUGAUCGGUCUGGAAGAUGGCGUCCGAAGAUUGACGAAGGACGGUCACACAGAUAUCCCUCCACUAGUCAAAUGGCGGAAUAACCUGACGGCUCUUUCACAGUACCAUAACCUCUUCUUUGUUGCUCAAGCAGAUAAGGUUGCCGUCUACCAGCCCGAGUUCCCAUAUCAAACCCUGAGCAAAGAACCGGUCCUGCGUAUAGCACCUGAGCUUGCAAACCCACACGCUAACGGAUAUUUGAGCUCUGCUAGGGAGAAUGUCUCGCCUCACUGUAUCAAUCAUUUAAUGGUUGGCGAUCUUGGGUCUCAAGAGAUAUUGGCCCUGGUAACUGAUUCAGGCAAUGUCAUAGCAUACUAUACCAGCUCAGUAGCUGCGGCAAUCAAUAGAGCAUCGGCUCAACGAGAAGGAGGGACAAAUUCUGACAUCUUAGGCCUACGGCACUUCUUUUCCUACUGGGUGCGACAAUCGUCCUGGGGUCUCGACAUACACAAAGAAGCCCGGAUGAUCGCCGUGUCCUCGAAUGUUCCUAAUGCUGCACAACCGGCUAUUGACGCCGAUACAUCAGCCACAGUGACCGUUUUCGCCUUCGCUCUGACCUCUCACUCUAAAGUGGCUAGCUCAUCGUCCAGUGGCGAUGACGAGACUCACACCACAGACAGUGUCGAGUGGACAAAUUGGUCCUCGAAUAGUGGUGGAACACAACCAAGAAGAGACCGGAACUACAAGAUCUCGCUGGCAGGCUUUCCAGGUCAUGAGAAUAAUAUACCCAAUAUAUCUUUUGUCAAUACCAACGAUGAGUCCGAGGGUACAUGGCUAUUAAGCACGGAUAUCACUGGUGCAAUGAAACUCUGGCAGAUAUGGAAAGUCGCCUGCUUUCGUACCUGGUAUUUUGGCACUCCUGAUAUGAAUGUGAGACCUUGGUUGCAUCACCAAUUCCCAGGCUGGAACGUUGCCGCCCUUGACAUCAAUUGUUUUCGACCUGCUGCCACGAAUGAAGAAUUUAUUGGCGCGAACAAGGCUCCUAUGUACUACGGCUACCAUGAGUCUGGCCCGAGCUACAAUCUGACAUCUGUGACCACACGACUGCCUGAAAAUAGUCAAUUUCACCCUCUACACGCCGAGUCCACAGAUGUUGACAGCCCCCCUGAACGUAACGAAGUCUACCAUUACAGUGGUGGUGAGGAUGAGGAUGAAGAGGACACCAGUGACGUUGAGGGAAUGGAAGAUGUACGAUCUUCAGUCGAGCCAUCUCUUGUCCCAGACUUUGAUCCUCCGGACACAGACUAUGACGUCGGUCUGCGCGAUGUUGAAGUAUACAACAGAGCUAUUGAGUUCGAGAUAGAGACGGACUCUGAAUCUGAGGACUACGACUCCGACCUAGACGAGGACCAGACAGCGUCAAUCGAAUCCACUUCGCCUCAAUCACCUUCACCUCUACGGAACUUCAGAAUGCAGAAUGUCAUACGUCGUGCAGCAACCCCCAUCCAGCACCCCAAUAUCAUUCCUCCUGAAAUAGCUAUGAUCCACUGUUCAGAUUCACAUAUCCGCCUGCUUGGCUCCCCGAAAGCCAAGUUUCCGCACAUUUUCUCAGCUAACGUCCUCCGACAAUUAAUGCCACAUAAUGCUCACACACAUGUUCAAGGCUUGGAGUUCUCACACAUGGAUCGCCUGAAUAUGCUCCACGUGAUCAAAGAGCUAGGCGUCAUCCUCAUCGCAACACAGACCGGCCGCGUAGCAGUGUGCGCUCUGACUCGACGGCCAGACCUUCUCCUAGGAUUCCGCGUAGACUGUAUCUUGCCAACAAAACGUCAGGAACGCAGUGGUCGUAGACCAACAUUCUGCACAUUGAUCGGCAUGGCAGUCGCACCGAUCCAGGGACGUACCAAGCCACGCUCCUUCGCCGACAGCGACUCUUCAUCGUCCUCAACAGUUGGCGACAGCUCCGGGCUACGCUUCUCAGACCAGCAUCCCAUCGACAUUGACGGUGUACGCACAUCAUUCGACAAUAAAGUCGUAGUCCUACGGCACAAAGCGACUGCGCAAGAACACGAGGCCUGGCGGAACAAGGACAGGACCCCACCUUUACCAAAGACAGAGACCAGACCCUGGACGCAGCUAGAGGAAACGGAAGCGUGGAAGGCUUGUGAAAUCAGCAGGAGAUAUAGGCUGAUGUUGACGUACAGUGAUUUUAGCAUCUUGACGUACGAGAUAUCGAGAAGUGUAGAAAGAGGUGAGAUUGCCUGA